UUCUCAAUAAAGAAUCCAAUUUGAUCUCAUAUGACUGUGACCUUAUCUUCUAAAUAAAAAAUUCGCUAAACUUCACAUCUCCAGAGGAGAUACCAUUAUCAAAGAGUUCAACAAGCUUUUAAAAAAAUAGCCAAUCAUUUAUUGUUUUUGACGUCAUAAAUAAUUCAUGAACAAUAAUACUAAAUAAAUGAUCAGAAAGAAAUAUUAUAUCUAAGUAAUAUUAUAUUAUUUCUGUAAUUUAAAAUAAACCAAUCACAUUAUAUUUAAUGAAUAAUACUCUCAGUCUUAAAAAAUAUUGUUAUUUAACUAACACUGAAAACAUGACCUCUAUGAAAAAAAAAAAAAAAAAAAAAUCCAACUCAUUAAAUUAGAUCCUUUUCUUCAUUCACUACCAUACAUUUAUACUGUUCUUUUAUCAUUUAAUGUGAAUUAUGGUUAUGUCUAAUGACACAUCUUCUAAUUUAUAAAGAAAGGCCCAUCAUUUCUUAAUAGAAAGUCAUUAAUAACUCACUGACUUCCAUGUAAUAUUUAUUUAAAUCCUACUGAUCAAAGCAUAUUUGAGAGCAUCAACAAAAGAAAAUUAGGGAAGUAGAUGUGAUAAUGGCAAUGGAGGAAAUCUCGGUGCCAGUUAUCGACAUGGCGAAGUUUGAAGUAGAGAAGGAGAAGCUUAGGGCGGCGGUGGUUGGCCUGGGUUGCUUCCGAGUGAUCAACCAUGGAAUCACUGAGACAAUUAUUGCUGAUAUGAAGGUUUCUGCAAGAAAAAUCUUAGAGCUCCCCUCAGAGGUGAAGCACCGCAACACCGAUGUCAUACCCGGAAGCGGUUAUGUGUAUCCGAAUCGGUUGAACCCAUUGUUUGAGAGUUUGGGCAUCUAUGAUGCCAAGUCAACUGCUGACAUCCAUGCCUUCUGCUCUUGCUUGGGCAUCUCAUCCCAUGACAUAGAAAUUUUGAGUACGUAUGCUUCUGCACUUCAUGGUCUCAUCGUGGAUUUAGCAACCAAAAUAGCUGAAAGUUUAGGAAUAGUAGACUGCUCGUUUCAAGAAUGGUCUUGUCACUUACGGAUGAAUAGAUAUAAUUUCACAAAAGAAACUAUUGGCCAUUAUGGAGCACAUGUCCAUACCGACAAUAGUUUCAUCAAUGUCAUUCUUGAAGAUGAGUCUAAUGAGGGAUUUGAGAUGAUGAACUCUAAUGGAAAUUUUGUGGCCGUCAAUCAUGUACGAGAAACAUUUCUUAUAAAUGUUGGUGAUAUCGGAAAGGUUUGGAGCAAUGGAAGACUUAAUAAUGUGAAACACAGUGUAGUAUGCAAAAAACCAGAGCCACGCUUCACAAUUGCCUUCUUUAUACUUGCACCAGAGGAUAACAAGAUUGAGCCUCAAGCUGAAUUGAUAGAUUCUGAGAACCCACGACUCUAUCGAAGUUUCGACUAUAGAGAGUAUAAAAAGAUUAGGACUUCAACUCUGUCAACAGCCGGUGAAGUCCUCCUUCAUUGGGCUAUAGAUGAAGCUUAA